AGCAGUAAUGGAGCCGCUUACAGUCAUACGUUGCGAGUCAGCAAGUUUUUCGUGCACAGGAAUAUUACUUGCAUAAUUAAGAGCGACUGUAGACGUAGGCGAGAGAGAACGCAUGCGUGUAGUUAAGACGAAACCUUCCACUCAGGUAAGUCCUCAAGUAAGGUUUAGUCACCUGUCACCUUCCCGCGGGCACUACCUGGCUCACCUGCACACAAGGAGUAGCAGUUCUCACCCUUAGAUGCAACGUGUAGCAUUGAUGCAAUGAAGAUAGCUGGGAAUCUUUCUGUUGUAGGGUUUGAGGAUAUUUUUGUACGUGGAUAUCAGGGCGUAGUCUUGAUCGAUCACGAAUGAAAGUGUGGAGUCGAAGGAACCGAGAUUUCAAUAUUACAGGGGACGGGCGGCAUUGGGCGGGGAUAUAAAUCGUUUCUGUUCCCCUGUCUUCGUUGUUGCUUACCCACCACGGAGGGGAACGCAUGGAUUUCCCUCAUUCUACUCAUUUCUCCCUCGCCUUCAUCAACGCCCUCACGGCCUCACUAUGCAUGGGAAGGUAGUGGUUUGUCUCCUUCUGGUUCUGCUGGAUCACUUUGCAGUGGGGAAUUUCAUCAGUGACACUGCGGAGAAAGUUAAUGAGUCUGCAGAUAUUACUGACGAAAAUCUGGCGAAGGUCAUGUACUUACUAGCAGAUGAGUACACGCCUCAGUGCCUGUGGGUGGUGAUGAGUGACAACACCCUUCGCCAACAACCCUGGAAGCACUCACACCUCACUCUCGACCCAAAAGAAGGAAAGAGUACUAUUGACUACAUCAACAAAAACACAGAACGAGUGACUCUCUUCUCGUGUUUCACUUUCUUGAUGACACGUCCUCCUGAUUCAAGCCUCAUGCCGCUCCUCACAGACUCCUCCAACAUGCAACUCACGCGUUACUUCAUUAUACAGUUCCUCAAUGAGUCUGAGGCACAUGAAUUCCUUCUCGACGAGCGACUGAUCGACGAGGAAAACGUGGCGGCUUUAGUGAAGACCGACACUAGGAGAGACUCAUAUGGGAUCAUGAUUCGCCAGCUCUUCCACUCUUCAGGGUCCACACAGGUGCUCUUCGUUAACAGGUGGGAGAAAGGGAAAGGGUUUGAUAAUAGUGACAAUAUUUUCCCAGAGCAAAUGAAAAAUUUUUACGGGACGAAGAUGAGGGGAGUGACGCUGGACUUCCGCCCCUUCACCGACUACUACAAAGGUCCGGGCUCCAGGGUGGUGAUUCCCAAGCCCUCGCUGGACGUGUUCAUGUUGGAGGUGAUUGCUGAUACACUCAACUUCACCUAUGAGUUGGUGAUGCCUGAGGACGGACUGUGGGGCUAUCUAAAGGACGACGGCCACUGGGUUGGUGUCGUAGGGGAUGUUGAGUUUCGAAGAGCCAACUUUUCUCUCGUCCUCUCCUUGACUCUCGAGCGAAUCUUCAGCGUGGACUUCACCAGGAUAUACUACAACGAUCCACUGAGCUUCGUCACUGCAAAGAGCCGCCCGAGUCCUCCUUGGCUUAAACUCAUAAAGCCUUUUAGCAGUGGAGUGUGGCUGUUGGCUCUGUUAUCUAUUGUGACUGGAGUGAUCCUCUACUACAUCAUAUACCGGGCACAGGCCUUGCUGGGGACUACUUACUUGGUGCCCUCCAGAGCCUUCAUGCACAUAUUCGGCGCCUUUGUCAACCAGUCCCUCUUCACCAUCCCCUGGCUCUCCUCUGGCAGGGUGUUUCUAGGAUUCUGGCUCCUGUACGGCCUCCUCAUCACUACUUACUACAAGACCUCGCUGACGGCAGCCCUGGCGGUACCCUUCGUACCUCCAACGCUUGAUACGCUUAAACAGCUCAUGCGUUCCAAUCUAGAGUUCGGGAUGAUCGACGCAAAGGGCUCAGAGUACCAGCUGUUCUCCACCUCCAACGUGCCGCUCUACAAGAGGAUGUUCCAGGAGAUGUCGUUCCUGUCAUCCAGCGACAGCAUGGAGAAGGUCCAGAAGGGAAGUUAUGCUUACAUCUACUUCAAGAGCAACCUCAACAUUAUCGUCAAGACAGAAUACACCAAUGCCAACGGAGAGACGGACCUCCACGUGGCCACUGAGGAGUUCUUCCCUGGAGGUUAUGCCUGGGCGUUCCCCAAGGGUGUUCCCUACAGGAAAACUUUUGACAGUGUGAUGGCGUAUUGCCUGCAGGCCGGACUCAUUGACAAGUGGGAGAGGGACCUAUAUUCCAUUUAUCUGAAGGAGGCACAGGACAAUAAGACGCCACUGCAGAAGAAGAAAGAGAAGAUGGAGGCGGACGCAAAACGAAAUGACGGACAAGUAGUGCUAAACCUUAACCACCUGCAAGGGCCCUUCCUGAUCCUCCUCCUAGGCAGCGCAUCAGGCGUACUCCUCCUCCUACUUGAGUUCGUCAUCGCACGGAUGUUUUUCGCCUUUCCAGUGUCCUCUAGAGAACUACCAAAGAUCAACGGGCUCUCGCCGUUCAACCAAAAGACUCUAAUGAGCAACGGCCCUCAUACACCAUCGCCAGGCGGUGUUGUUUCGGGAUUUGACGAGAAGGGAAACUACGUGAUUAGGGCGGUGGUAAAAGGCAAUUAAACACUACGGAAACAAGCAGCAGCAGAUCUAUUGGCCUUUGUGGGGCAGUCUGUGAUAAAUGACCUAAUAUAACCUGAUAAAUGACGAAGGAUUGUAAAGCGUGUGGUGAGUGUAUGUCAAUUGAAGGUAACAGUUAUUCGAGGUCACACGACAAAGACUAAUAAGGUGCUAUAGUAUAUCCAUAGUAUCAUCAUAGUGGGGUUGUAAUAGGCGAAUAUAUAUCCUGAUCAUGUGUAUACAUCAUUAUUGUAACCACCACAUAAUAAACCGUAUCCAAGCAAUA